AUGGAGGUGCUGGCGCUCGCGGAUCACCUCGGCGACGACGCCAUUGCCCGCCGUGCGCAGUGCAUCCAAAAUGAGAUAGAAACAAAACCGGGGUCACACCCUUUCGACGAGGUUCUUGCCUUGUGCGACUAUCCCCAUCUUCUAGAACAGAGUGAAACUAAUUCCUUAUUCAGAGGCUGGGGAGUGAGCAUGUCAGAUCUGAAGAAGCAGCUGGAUGAUGCCCGAUCAAUGGGUGUCGUUGUGAGGGGACUUGUGGUUAUAAAUCCAGGCAACCCUACUGGACAUGUUCUUGCGGAGGAAAAUCAGCACGAAAUUGUGGAUUUUUGUAGGAAUGAAGAUCUUGUUCUUCUAGCAGAUGAGGUUUACCAAGAAAAUAUUUAUACAGAUGAGAAGGAAUUUCACUCUUUCAAGAAAAUAACACGGUUCAUGGGGUACGGCGAAGGAGACAUAUCUUUAGUGUCCUUCCAUUCGGUUUCUAAUGGAUAUUAUGGUGAAUGUGGGAGAAGGGGAGGCUACAUGGAAGUUACUGGCUUUAAUUCUGAAGUAAAGAAACAAGUGUACAAAGUUGCAUCCCUAAGCUCAUGCUCCAACAUCUCUGGCCAGAUCCUCAUGAGCCUAGUCAUGAACCCACCACAGGUUGGAGAUGAGUCAUACACCUCUUAUCAGGCAGAAAGAGAUAGCAUCCUGUCAUCUUUUGCUCGCUGUGCAGAGGCCAUGGUGUGCACAUUUAACCAGCUGGAAGGGGUAACUUGUAGCAAGGCUGAAGGAGCAAUGUUUGUUUUCCCUUCAGUUCGUCUGCCAAAAAAGGCAAUUGCAGCUGCUGAGGAAUGUAACACACAGCCAGAUGCCUUCUAUGCUCUCCGCCUUCUUGAAACCACAGGGAUCGUUGUUGUGCCAGGUUCUGUUUUUGGACAAAUGCAUGGCACAUGGCAUUUCAGAUGCACAGUCCUGCCACAGGAAGAGAAGUUACCACUAAUCAUCUCCCGUUUCAUGGCGUUUCAUGAAGUGUUCAUGGAAGAAUUUCGCGACUAA